AUGGAGGCAUCUGACCUCAAUAACGACAUUGUUCAUCCCGAAGUUCGAGCGCACAUCAACUCUCUUGUCUCUGCUCUCGGUGGCGUCAGCCAAGAAGACGACGGUCGAUACCAACUCGGAGACGAUGCUCUCGAGGUUCUACGCGAUAUCAAACGAUGGAUCCGCUUUUACGAUGAGAAGACGAACCGAAUGGACGUUGCGCGAUGCGUCUACGAAGCGAACCUCAUAGAGGGCGACCUUCUCCCCAUCCUCUCCUUGUGGCCCGAAAAUGCGACGGACAGCAAGUACAAGGCACGGAUAGCGCUGUCCUGCUUUGAGGUCAUGGUGCCGUUGACAUGGCCCAUACAAAGGGACCGGGAGGCCAUGACGAUCAACCACCACCGUCACAUGCCGGUCCUGGAGCUAGCCCACGUCGCUUACAAGAGAGCCAUCCUCAACUUUGACGGCGCGAGGGUUCUCAGUUGUGCUGUCAGAGUCGCUUUACCAGCCAUGCAAAAGCCGAUCAGUGAGCGCACGCAGAGGGACCAGGGCAUCAUCAAGCUGGCCUUGUUCUUCUUGCGAAACGUUGCUGCCAUUGCCCCGCCACCGGGUGUUGCAUAUGAGGGGGACGAGUCACAGAUUUCGAGGUCCGCAACGAUCGACGCCUUCUCGUUCCAGGACAUCUUCCACCUACUGCUGAUGCUGGCGUCGAACAUGGGCGAGGACUUCCGGACAGAGGACACGACGGUUAUGGAGGUCUUGUACCAUCUCGUGAAGCGGAUCAAUGUCAAGGAACUGUUCAUGACCGAGAAGCAAGCGGAGCAUGCCCAGGGCAAUGAGCUUCGACAGGUCAUGAGGAAGGAGAUCAACAUGCUCAGAUCGCAGAACCAAACUCGGGGCGGACGAAACAAUCGAUUCGGCUCGAUGAUCUGGGUGAAACGCGAUGAUGGCAAGAUGACCACCUUGACGGGCCAGGAUGCUGUAUCUAGCGCCGCCACGCGACAACGGAAAAUGGACGAGGCAAAGACAUUCAAGCCACCGCGGCGAGGCAAGAAGGAAGACAAGCACGAUCGGGAAAUUGGCCCGGCAGUCACGCUGGACUCUCGAGCAACUACGCAACUGCGGACUUUCGUGGAGGAUUUCCUGGACUCCGGCUUCAAUCCCCUUUUCUCCCACGUGCGCAAGACCAUCGACCGCGAGGCCAACUAUCUGAUGGCGUAUCAUAAACGCCAGUUCUUCUACCUGGUCGCCUGGCUCCUGGAGGCGGAGCGCAUGCGGCGCAAAGCGAAACAAGGGUCGGAUGUGCGGGACGCCGAGGAGGUGACGAGCUUCAACCUCGUGGCGGGUGUUUUGAAUCAGGAAAUGUUCAUCACCUUGAACAGGGCGUUGCAUAACUCAUUCGAGGCGAAGGAGUGGCACGACCUAACAGCUGUCAUGCGUUGCUACACGCAGAUCUUCAUGACCGUGCAAGAGAUGCAACAAUGCGGCCGGGAAGAUGACGAGGAGAUCGCGGAGAACAUUCUCAGUCGACUCUUCUACGAGGAGGCCACCCAUGAUGCUAUCACCAAUAUUAUCAGGGGGUACAAGGACCAGGGGUUUGACUACCUCGACGCUGCCACGGAACUGGUGCACCACUUCUUGCGGAUCUUGGAAUCGUACUCAAAGCAGAAUGUCGACAUGCAAGUUCGCUCGCGGAAACGGACCCGAAGGAAGAAGAAAGCUGCCCAGGCAGCCGAAGGCGUCGCCGCGUCCGAUGACGAGGGUGACGGCUCGGGCAACGACGAAGCUGCCGCCGAGAAAACGUCCAAAGACCGCAAAUUUGACUUUAUACGUUUCGCGUCACGGUUCACGCCCCAGCCUAUUGUGAAUACGUUUGUAACGUACACCAAGUACUACCGCGACCUCAACGAGGACCAGCUCAAGCGUGCCCAUCGAUUCUUCUACCGCAUUGCUUUCAAGCAAGAAAUGGCCGUCAUGCUCUUCCGCGUGGACAUUAUCCACCUGCUCUACAACAUGAUCAAGGGGCCCGAGGCGCUCGAUGCCAGCCUGCCGAGCUUCAAGGAAUGGGAGGAUUUGGUGAGACACAUUAUCCGCAAAUGCACCAAGAAGUUGGAGCAGCGGCCCGAGCUGGUUGUGGAGAUGCUGUUCAGCAAAUUGCCCAGCACGGCGUUCUUCUUGGAACAUGGCUACGAGAAGCAGACGAUCAGAACGACACAGCCCAAACCAGCGGCAGAGUUGGAGUUCAAGGAUGCCGGGGCCAUGGAGCGUGACAGGCAGAUUGCGAUUGUGGUCGGCGCUCUGCUCGACAAGAACCAGGCAGACUUGGUAACCUUCGUCAAGAAAGUCGCCGGGGAUGCUGAGGUGGAAAGGAAAGCAUGGCAAGAUGCUGAGAGGAUACGGCAGAUGGAGGCAGAUCCCUUUGACGAGGGCGCGACUGAAUCGGACCCGAAAGCACCCCCUGUCAUCUUCGCCCGUCCAGACAACGAUGGCCAACGAACAGCCAUGUUCAAAAACUCACAUCUUCGACUGCUCAUGUCGCUCGCCGGCUUCAAGCUCCUCGGUGCAGCAGAUGAAGAGACUCGUGACUCAUCGUGGAUCAUUCCCUCGGAGAUCACACCUGAUCAUCUCAAAGACACCGUCCACUUCAUCAACCAAGCAGAGUUCAGCCCACCAACGUUCGAGGAGGGGGUGCUAGCAGACCAUCAGCUGAAACGCAAAAACGUCCCUCGGAAGAAAGCCACCUUUGAUGACGACGAAGAAGGGAACAUGGACAAUGACGACUUUCUGGACGAUGAGAUGCUUUUCACCGCUGGGGGGCCGACAGCCCGCAGGGCGGAGAAGCCAACCAAGCCGAAAGCAACACGCAAACGGCUGCAACGCAAGGAGCAGACCGAAGAGGAGCUCGACGAAAAGGCCCGGAAGCGGCGGGAGCGCGAGAGGGAGAAGCAGGCGCGCAUCAAGUCGGCGCUACGCAUCCAGGACGGAGACAGUGACUUUGACGAGGAGGAAGACGAGGCGUUCUUCAGGAGGGAGAGGGAGAUUGCGGCCAAGGCGGCCAUGGUAGCGGAGCAGGCUGGUACCGAGCUCGCCGACGUGCUGGCUGGCAGCAGCAAGAAGAGGAAGUCCACAGCGCUGGUGGACAGUAGCGAUGAGGACGACAGCGACAGCACCGCAAGCAGUGGGAGUGACGGGAGGAGGAAGAGGCGUACGUCGACUGUGUUUGAUGAAGAGGAGGCGGAUGGCAGCGCCUCACAGCGCAGGAGUGCGUCCCCGAGUCAGAGUGAGGGCGACGACGAACAGGACGAAAAUCUUGUUGAGCACGGUGCCAUAGACAAGAGUCUCGCGCCUGGCAGUGCAGAUGAGGAGGAUGACGACAAUGCACUUAUUCCUGCACGAAGACCAAGGGUAAGAGGUGGCUUUGUGAUGGAUGACAGUGACGACGAUGAAUGA